UCGAGAGCGCAAAAAUUGUAGAUAUUCAGCUGAGAGGAUCAAUAGUGACGAUCUCGAUGGGUAUGUACUAUGUACAUCAUCGGCCGCGAUGUGCGAAGACAUGGAGUCUCUUUUGCACAGCCUCUCUUGGCACUCUCAACCUUGCUUCUAAUUCGCCGAAUAUGGGCUAACCUUUCCCUGGAAAGUAAUAACCGACGGCCACGGUACCUUCGGUAUACGUAUGUGUACUAUUGUAAGCGUUUGUACACACGAUUCCAAGGUGACUGCCAGGACUGCGGGAUGCGAAGUGGGAAAGACUGGAAAAGACUGGGAAUGACACGACGAUCAGGUAUUUAUCUAGGGGCUCCAUAGCCUGAAUUUUGUAAUUUACCAAGACCGACCACGCGGUCCAGGUUCUGUAGUGCCAUGUUGUGCCAAGUUGACGAUUGACGAUGCUAAGCGCUCUAAC